CACGAAAGCCACCGUGUAAAAAUCGUCUGGUUAUUGCUAUUCAUAUGAUCAAAAAAGUUGAACACGGUAGAUUGGUACAAGGAAAAUAUUUCUUUGACUAUUCACAAGCAUGCUAAAUGCUGAUUAAUGACUUCUCUGGUCCGUUCAAAUUCGUAAAUCAGAAUGUUUGCCAAUGAGUAUUGAAAGCCACUUGAACCAUUGUUUGUUUAUUUCGAAACCAUUAAUUACCGCUUCAGCUGGUCUUCUUCUCUCAUUGUUUCUUUCGCUAAAUUAUGCUGCAAAUCAUUUUGCUUUGUGUUUAUUGGUUUUUAGUCUAUGAUUUCCGUUAAUUAUUGAUAUCUCGCCCUAUAAUUCGAAUAUAUGCGUGACUUAUCAUAAUGAACAGCUUUCUGUCCACUUAUAUAUAUGCCUUUCUGCUGUGGAUUUAUUCUGUGAGGUCGAAGACAAUCAAAAUUGACACACAGGAUUGUUUUGGAUUGCCAGAAAAUCCAUUCAUUAUCUUUGGUGCAGUGGUUUCACAUACACGCGCAAUCGGCAGAACUCUGUGUUAUUUCCAACCGUCAGAACAAAAUCAGUAUUUGAGUAUUUAUCCUACGAAAUUAGUAUUACCUAGCCAAUUUGGAACGUGUCCAGUUAUACAGAUCAAAGAAUUCACAUCUGUUAGAGAUGAACUAAUUGAUAAUAGUGACGUAAAUAUGAUUAUACCAAUGAAAGUCCCUGAUGAUACUAAGUUAAUUUUUCAAGCCAACUGUACGAAUUAUCCUUCUAUGCUAGAUAAGGUCGUGCAUACAUCAUCAUCAAAUCUAAAAAUACAAAUUUUAUUUGACCCAGCUAAUUCUGCUGCAUCAGAUGUUGCCUAUCAAUUUGUAAUAUCAUCAUACGCGGGAGAAUCUAGAAGUAACUACACAACUGAAAAAACUGAGUUCAGUGUCUGAAUGACUGGUGAUAAUGAAAAUUACUAUUUUUUAUUGAAAUAUUUGUUCUACAGUGUUAUAUCCGAGCGAAGAUUAAAUCACGAAUAACUUCUGAGAAUUAUUAAUGGACUAAUAUUAUUUAUAUAUUCUUAUGGUAUAACUAUUCAAUAAUUAGAUUAUGUAUAUUUAUAUUCCUCUUAUUGUAAGCUUUAUUUUGACCUGUGAUUUAUUAUUGUACGAUUUACUGUUCUUAAGCUAUGUUCAGUUUAUUGACUACUGCCUCCCACGUUCACAGCCAUUUUUUGGCUUUAUUGUGUAUGAAUGUUAUUUCCUAUUUUAUGGUGCGUUGCGGUCUGUUUGGUUGAUAUAUAAACCCAGUAUGUCUGAAAUAAAUGAUUCGAUUCGCAUAGCGGGAGCUGGUAUUGGUGUUCUGGACUCAAGUGGACGGGCUAGGCGGACAUAGGACCAAUAAAGACGCUGGGCUGCCCAUACCGGUCGAACGUCAUUGAUUUGGCACAGUGCUAAGAUUGUAUAAGUCGUAUUUUGAUUGGUGGAUUAAUCACGUGAUAAGAGGCCGGACCAAAAGUCACAACAUACAGUAUUAUUUCUUGCAAUCUUUUUCAUUUAAUUCUAGUAAUUAUUAUCAGUCUUUCAUUCACAGUUUAGUAAUACUCCGUAGUAGGUUUGUCAAAUCCUAAAACCUCUCUGUCAUUAAUGCAUAAAAGUUCGAGUUUCGAAAAUUAAGAUAUUUUAACCAUAUGACAAUAUAUUCUUUGAUAUUAGUUGAUAAUGGUUAUAAAAAAUUGUAUUUGAAGUAAUCGUUUGUACAAGCACAUUCAAAUGUUGCUUUUGAGUAGAGUAAUACUAUUAAACAUAAUGGAUCAAAUGAAUUCUUUGUACUGGUAAACAAUGUUUAUAUCUUUAGUUCAUUUUAAGUGACAUUACAACGCACUUUCAUGCUAUUUACUAUCACUACUUGCGUCUAUGUGAUUUCAUUAUAUGUACUAUUGCUUUGAUAAUAAGCAAAACGAUUAUAUCGACAUCCAAUUGAUUUCCUAAAUUCUUAAUUAUAAUAAUUUACUGGCGUAUUUGUUUAUUUCGAUUAGAACCAUCCAAUGAAAAUGAGGCAUUAUCCAUAGAACUUAACCGAUCAAAAAAAGGAGGGAUAUUAGGGAAAUAUAGACUACCUGAAUUGGUCUGGAUCACAUAAUAAGAAAGUUAGAUCGAACCAUAUGAGUAAAUUUCGAAAAAAUAGAAAGGGUAGAAAUUUAUAAAUUUCACUCCCCAGCACCCCAUUCCGUACGAAACUUGUCAGCCUUCACCCGGAAAAAUGAAUCUUGUUGAAAAUUCGUUUUCAGUUACGUUUUAUUUGUCUCAAGUUUAUAGACCUUAACUAGAGUAUGAAGUUCAACAAUGUCGACUGUGAGGUAGUUACCCACCGAAGACAAUGGAAGAUGAUUGCUCAAUAUCUUGAAUUGGUGGUUUAACAUUGAUGGAUUCAUAAUCUCAAUUAAAACUCCAUCUCCACAAUCCUAUACUGAUAAAUACUGAAUAGAAGUUUAAUAAAUCCACCUAUAUUUUCUCUUUUUGAUCAGAAUAAAACUAUAACUUAAUAAUUGCUUGAAUAAUGCCUGACGUAUUAUUGCAUUCAAGUAGUAUGGUAGCCGUGUAAUGAUUUCAGUCUGAAAUCUAGUAUAUUUUCAUGCAACCAAAUGUUUUUGUCAUAAAAGGUAAAUUGCUAACUUAUAUAUUAAUCAUGAUGGGUUUUUUUCAAAAGUAUAUGAUGGGAUUCAACCGGUUAUCCACAAAAACGGAUGAAAUUAAUUGCUUCUAUUCGACCAAUAGGAACUGCCAAUCCCGUGUGUAAAAUUAAAAGCAGUGCAUUCAGUUGUCACUAUAACGACAUCAUAUAACUUGUCCCACUGACAAAAAAUUACAUAAUUAAAUACAUUUUUCCAUUGACUUUUUACAUCAGCAGGAAGUUCAUCUCACAGGAUAAUUUACUACUUAUCAGUUAUUGUUAUAUAAAUUUUAUUAUUAAUCGCUUCGUUAACUUCUUAUAAUUGACAUGAAUUAACAGUUUUAGGACCAUCAUAUAACUGUCCAUCAGAUACAUUUCGUUGUUGGGAUGCGGCUACUAAUUGCAUACCCGAUUCUCUGACAUGUGACACAAUUGCAAAUUGUCAUGAUGGAUCCGAUGAAAAUGGUUAUUUGUGUAAGUGUAGUAUAGUAGUGAAUAUUUCUCUCAUCUUUUUACUAGUAUAGUUUACUUAAUAAAAUUCGUAAUGAUGUUAUGAAAAAACCCAUAAUUCUAAUCAGUAUCUUUUAGUGUUGGAUGGAUUAUAGUCAGUUUGUAAAAUAAAAAUAUGUUCGAAUCAAGUUAUUCUAUGAAUAUUUAAAGAUUAAUUUCGAUGGGUCUUCAUCAAAAAGGUACUCACAUUAUUGAUUAUAUGAGUGAAAAAUAUUAAGAAUUUGCCAACUGAAUUAAUCAAAUGCUACUUUACGCAUUUAUGACUCUCACAUCACUUCUGACUUAAAGAUUAUGUCAUCAACUAGUGGAAUGUUUUAAAUGUUAAACUGUGUACUCGUGGAGAAUUGUUCGACUGCUAAUAAAUAUAUUCUUCUAAUAUUCAGAUUAGCUUUAACGAAAUGUUGAAGUUGAUCUUUGUUAAUUGAAGUUUGUUAAUUAUUGAUUGCCGUGAAUACCUUGGUAUAUAUUAUUUGGUGUUGAAUGAAUGUUAAUGAGCAAAUGAUGUUUUUCAAGCCGUUCAAAUAAAUAUCCCUUCAUUUUGAUCGGACUUCAACCUUCUUACCUCUUAACUAAUUGGUAUAAUGAUUGCCACUGAUCCAGAUCCAUUAAAAACAAUGUAUACAGCUCUUAAAUUAUGUGAAUCUGAUCGUAAUUGUGUAGUCUAUUAACAUUUCACGUUUACGUCCAAGAUCGAUCAUUUCUUUUUGUAUUUCACUCACAGAAUUGGAAACUACUCAGCUUGGUAGGAUUUGGCUAGGUGUGUAGUUUUAUUGGAUAUUCUUCCAAUUCGAAACGAGUUCCAUAAAUAAUUCCCUGCGCAAUGGAAGAGAAAAACGUCUCGUAAGGAAGAUUUGUUUUGGUAAAGACUCCAGAAGAUUUAAAUCAAAACCAAGUUUAUACUGAUCCAACUUAGUGGUUAUUAAUCAUAGAAAUUAUCAAGCUGAACAACCAUUACUUGAACGCGAAAUACCAUUGAAUAUUAUACUUAAUAAAGCUAAAGUGAACGAAAAAUCACGAUGUAUCAGUUAAUAAAAAUUGUUAUGUUGGGUAGAAGUUUACAUUGAAUCAAUUCAAGGUCAAAUGGAUAGAAAUCCUACUUAAAAUUAAUACAUAAUCUUUCCCUUAAUUAGUGGCUAAUAGAUUAUAUUGAGAUUUAAGAUCCACAAUAUGACUAUAAGAAAAGUACUGGAAGAAUCAACGGUAUCCCUAUUCCAUUAUUUGCAAUUAUUAUAACUAUAUCAAUUUUUGGACUUAUUCUUUUGGUUUUAACUAUUGUAUUUGUUAUUCGCAAACAAAGGAAGCAUAAGCGCAAAACAGAGCAAACGUGGAUAGAUAUGACUACACAACCUUCAGCUAACGCACAUCAAUCUCUGCUUACUGAGAGAACAUGACAAACUGACCAAAAAUUCGAAACGAUUUGGAUGCGAAGAGAAAUCUGCGCAGUCACAAUUCUGAGACAACAAGUAACUCUUACUUUUAUAUCGGUGUACAUAACUCACUUUAUUUCAAGAGAACACUACUUGUAAUCAAUAUACAUGUAAAAAAAAUGUCUAUACUUGUAAUAUCGUUGGGUUUCUAUAACUGAUUUUAUGUCUAAUACUAAACGGUGGUAGUUUAUCAGCUUUCAUAUGGUGGUAGACACGUCGAUUGAUAUCUAGAUACUAAAUAUAAUUAACUUGUUCAUCAGUUAUGAUACUUACCAGCUGCCCAAACCAAAGAAGGUAGAACAGAGCUGUGACUUAGGAACUCAGUAAAAUGCCUUGACUACCAAACCAGCGCUCCAUGUAUUCAUUUAUUUAAGAUUCUCAAGCUUUCCUGAGUUAUUCAUCGCUAAGCAUUUACUUCCUUUUUAUAAAAACAAACUACUUGCAAUAUAUAGCAGACUUUGCAUAU